UCCUCCUCUACUCAAGGACAACCUCAACAACCAACACCAUGUGUGGCAGCUACUACGGAGGCUGUGGCUACGGACGCUGUGGCUAUGGAGGCUGUGGCUACGGAGGCUGUGGCUAUGGAGGCUGUGGCUAUGGAGGCUGUGGCUAUGGAGGCUGUGGCUACGGAGGCUGUGGCUAUGGAGGCUGUGGCUAUGGAGGCUAUGGCUACGGAGGCCUGGGCUGUGGCUAUGGCUCCAGCUAUGGCUGUGGCUUCCGCAGACUGGGCUGUGGCUCUGGCUGUGGCUCUGGCUGUGGCUACGGCUGUGGCUAUGGCUAUGGCUCUCGCUCCCUCUGUGGCUGUGGCUAUGGCUAUGGCUGCGGCUCUGGCUGCGGCUCUGGCUACCGCUCUGGCUUUGGCUGCUACUAUUGAGGUUGCCCUGGGAGACUUUCUCUCCCACACAUGUAACAUCAUGAUUUACCUGCCCUGAAUCCCACGCCCUGUGUUCCCACACGAGGUUGAGAUAAUUCUGAUUUGUGGAAUGGGGUGGUCCCUGUCUGGAUCUAAAACCCAUAAUUACUUAUUCCCAACCUUUGCUUCAUGAAAAGACAGAAUGUAAUAUUCAUCCUGUGAACUCACUUACCUACUUUUACCAGUCACUGAUCCUGCCUUGAUAAUUUUCAUGCAUCAUUCUGUUUCCCAGUGUUCCUUAAUAAAUUUGG